AAGCUGAUUACAGAUUCAUGCCUCAUUCAGUUUGCGUCCGCAGAGUCCAGCAUGGAGCGGCACAUCAUCUUCUACGAUCUCACCAAGAAGGACCCUGUCCAUGCAUGGGUAAUGAAUGCAUGGAAGUCUCGGCUAGUACUCAAUUUCCUUGAGCUCGAGUACGAAACAAGAUUCCUUGACUUUCCAGACGUCGAAUCGACGCUGAUGGAUCUGGGCCUCCCUCCCAGUGCACAAGGUCAGAGAUACGCCGUCCCAGCCAUCACCAUCCUGUCACCCGACACUUCCGAGCCAGUACACGCGAUGGGCGAAGGAACUUCGAAGGACGAAGUCGCAGCGGCUCUUCAAGCUCUUGUGCAGGAGAAAAAGCUCUAUCUAGAAUCACCAGAACUCGAAGAGGUCACCUCCUUUACCCAUCAAAUCAUGGAGACCCUACGACCCAUCUGGAUGCCUGCUAUGCUGGCGUUGUUAACGCCCAGAUCCGCUGAGAGGUUCAGUUCCAGAAAGCUCGCUUUGGCAAGAGAGAAAGCGGAUCAGGAGGAAGCCUGGAAAAUCGCGAGUGGGUAUUUCCAACGGUUGGGAGAGGUCUUGAAGCGGCACGAGGGACCAUUUGUCCUUGGUGAUCGAGUAUCGUACGCCGACUUUAUCAUCGUGGCGCAGCUGCAGUUCCUCCGAGUGGCAGAUAUGUCGAUCUACGAUCGAUUCGUGAUCGAAUUACCCGGCCUGAAGGAGCUGUACGAAAGGUGUCGACCUUGGACAGUACGCGAUACGUGAACGUCUGCAUGGCAUUGGGACCGGGCAGUCCCGUGAGCCGCGUGCUUCGGCAGGCACUGGCCUAUGUGCGUUGUGAGACGACGAAUAAGCAGCCUCCUUUGACCGUCAAAUUGACUGGGUGCCUGACCGGAGCGCUCAAACCCCAGAAGAAUGCUGUUUGCCCUAGACUGAUCUCUCCCUUCCUCAUUAGGAUUGA